GAAGUGCUUUUUACAAGGGUAUAGGGAAAAUACAGCCAAAAAGUCAAGUUAAGAAACAAGGGGAACAGAGUCAAACAGGAUAUCUGUGGUUAUGCACCUGGGCCCCGGCCCGAGGCAAAGGGCGGAUAGUUCCCAGAAAUAGACAAGUCAGUUAAAGUUUCAAGAGUGCCCCUCAGCUGUUUCAAGGACUCCCACUUGACCGAAGUUCACCCCUGGCUUGAUUUAAACUAACCAAUUACCUUGCUUCUCGCUUCUGUACCCGCGCUUUUUGCUAUAAAAAGGACCCAGGAGCUCUACUCGGCGCGCCAGUCUUUCGAAAGACUGAGUCGCCCGGGUACCUGUGUGUUCAAUAAACCUCUUGUUUUUGCAUCCGAAGCCGUGGUCUCGCUGUUCCUUGGGAGGGUCUCCCUGAACUGACUGACUACCCACUGCGGGAGUCUUUCAUUUGGGGGCUCGUCCGGGAUCGGAGACCCCUACCCAGGGACCACCGACCCACCUGCGGGAGGUAAGCUGGCCAGCGACUGCUCUGUGUCUCGUUUCUGUGUCUAAUCCUGUGACUCUGACUGUCUUUUCUGAGCGCGCGCAUUUUGGUUUCAGUUUGUUCCGGGUUAGUCGCUCUGGGAGCGAAGUGCGGGUAGCGAACAGACGUGUUCGGGGGCUCGCCACCCGGCAAUCCUGGGAGACGUCCCAGGAUCAGGGGAGGACCAGGGACGCCUGGUGGACCCCUUGGCAGAGGAUUAUUGUGUUUUGGUCUCACCGCGUCUCGGGAGGCGCGCUCUGCCAUCGGACUCUUUCUUCUAUUUCUACGGCACUCGGUCUCGUCGCCGUUUCUGGUUUCUUUUUGUCUUAGUUGUGAUAGGUCUUUGCGUCGUCGUUCCCCUAUUGGAAAUUUUCGAGAUGGGGCAAGGUGCCCUUACGCCCCUCUCCCUUACUCUAGAUCAUUGGAAAGAUGUCAAAGCCAGGGCUCACAAUCUGUCCAUGGAGAUCAAAAAAGGAAAAUGGCAGACUUUCUGUUCGUCUGAGUGGCCCACAUUCGGCGUAGGUUGGCCGCCAGAGGGAACCUUUGAUCUUACUGUCAUUUUUGCAGUUAAAAAGAUUGUUUUUCAGGAGACCGGAGGACACCCGGACCAGGUUGCCUAUGUCGUGGUAUGGCAAGACCUCGCCCAGAAUCCCCCUCCCUGGGUGCCACCCUCCAGCAAAGUCGCUGUUGUUUCGGGAUCAGAAAAUACUCAAAGGCCACCUACAAGGAAGCCUUCCGCCCCUCCCCAACCCCCCGUCCUCCCGACACCAGACGACUCGCUCCUUCUCUCUGAGCCCCCGCCCUACCCGGCGGCCCUGCCGCCUCCUCUGGCCCCUCAGGCGAUCGGACCGGUGCCGGGCCAGGCGCCCGAUAGUUCCGAUCCUGAGGGACCAGCCGCUAGGACCAGGAGUCGCCGUGCCCGCAGUCCGGCAGACGACUCAGGUCCUGACUCCACUGUGAUUUUACCCCUCCGAGCCAUAGGACCCCCAGCCGAGCCCAACGGCCUAGUUCCUCUACAAUAUUGGCCUUUUUCCUCAGCAGAUCUUUAUAAUUGGAAAUCUAACCAUCCUUCUUUUUCUGAAAAACCAGCAGGACUCACGGGACUUCUUGAGUCCCUUAUGUUCUCUCACCAGCCCACUUGGGACGAUUGCCAACAGCUACUCCAGAUCCUCUUCACCACUGAAGAGCGAGAAAGGAUUCUUCUGGAGGCCCGCAAGAACGUUCUCGGGGACAACGGGGCCCCUACACAACUCGAGAACCUCAUUAAUGAGGCCUUCCCCCUCAAUCGACCUCAAUGGGAUUACAACACGGCCGAAGGUAGGGAGCGUCUUCUGGUCUACCGCCGGACUCUAGUGGCAGGUCUCAAAGGGGCAGCCCGGCGCCCCACCAAUUUGGCUAAGGUAAGAGAGGUCUUGCAGGGACCGGUAGAACCCCCCUCGGUUUUCUUGGAACGCCUGAUGGAGGCAUAUAGGAGAUACACUCCGUUUGACCCCUCUUCUGAGGGACAGCAGGCGGCAGUUGCCAUGGCCUUUAUCGGCCAGUCAGCCCCAGAUAUCAAGAAAAAGUUACAAAGACUAGAGGGGCUCCAAGAUUAUUCCUUACAAGAUUUAGUGAGAGAGGCAGAAAAGGUGUACCACAAGAGAGAGACAGAAGAGGAAAAACAAGAAAGAGAAAAAAGAGAGACAGAAGAGAGAGAGAGACGGCGCGAUAGGCGCCAAGAAAAAAACUUGACUAGGAUUUUGGCCGCAGUGGUAGGUGAAAGAGGGUCUAGAGAUAGGCAGACAGGGAACCUGAGCAACCGGGCAAAGAAAACACCUAGGGAUGGAAGACCCCCUCUAGACAAAGACCAAUGCGCGUACUGUAAAGAGAAGGGUCACUGGGCAAGAGAAUGUCCCCGGAAAAAGAACAUCAGAGAAGCCAAGGUUCUAUCCCUAGAUGACUAGGGGAGUCGGGGUUCGGACCCCCUCCCCGAACCUAGGGUAACACUGACUGUGGAGGGGACCCCCAUCGAGUUUCUGGUCGAUACCGGGGCUGAACAUUCGGUGUUGACCCAACCCAUGGGGAAGGUAGGGUCCAGGCGGACAGUCGUAGUAGGAGCAACCGGCAGCAAAGUCUACCCCUGGACCACACAAAGACUUUUAAAGGUUGGACAUAAACAAGUGACCCAUUCCUUUUUGGUCAUACCUGAGUGCCCUGCUCCUCUGUUGGGCCGGGACAUUCUGACCAAACUAAAGGCCCAAAUCCAGUUUUCUACAGAGGGCCCACAAGUAACAUGGGGAGAUCACUCUACCAUGUGCUUGGUCCUAAACCUAGAAGAAGAAUACCGGCUGUAUGAAAAGCCGGCCUCUCCCUCCAUCGACCCAUCCUGGCUCCAACUUUUUCCCACCGUAUGGGCAGAAAAGACAGGUAUGGGACUGGCCAAUAACGUCCCACCAGUAGUAGUAGAGCUGAAAUCGGGUGCCUCACCGGUGGCCGUCCGACAGUAUCCAAUGACUAAAGAAGCCCGGGAAGGCAUCAGACCCCACAUCCAAAGGUUCUUAGACCUAGGGGUCUUAGUGCCCUGCCAGUCGCCCUGGAACACCCCUCUGCUACCAGUAAAAAAGCCAGGGACCAAUGACUAUCGGCCAGUCCAAGACUUGAGAGAAAUUAACAAAAGGGUGCAAGACAUUCAUCCCUCAGUCCCAAACCCAUACAGCCUCCUGAGUUCCCUUCCGCCUAGUCACACUUGGUACUCAGUCUUGGAUCUCAAGGAUGCCUUUUUUUGCCUCAAACUACACCCCAACAGCCAGCCACUGUUCGCGUUCGAGUGGAGAGACCCAGAAAAAGGUAACGCUGGUCAGCUGACCUGGACACGGCUGCCACAGGGGUUCAAGAACUCACCCACUCUCUUCGACGAGGCCCUCCACCGGGAUUUAACUCCUUUUAGGGCUCUCAACCCCCAGGUCAUAUUACUCCAAUAUGUGGACGACCUCCUAGUGGCAGCUCCCACAUAUGAAGGCUGCAAAAGAGGGACACAAAAGCUCUUGCAGGAACUGAGUAAGUUGGGGUACCGGGUAUCAGCUAAAAAGGCCCAGUUAUGCCAGAAAGAGGUCACCUAUUUGGGGUACCUGCUCAAGGAGGGAAAAAGAUGGCUGACCCCGGCCCGGAAAGCUACAGUUAUGAAGAUCCCUACUCCCACAACCCCCAGGCAGGUCCGCGAAUUUCUGGGCACUGCCGGAUUCUGCAGGCUCUGGAUUCCUGGGUUUGCUUCCCUGGCUGCACCCUUGUACCCCCUGACAAGGGAAAACAUUCCUUUUACCUGGACUGAGGAGCAUCAAAAGGCUUUUGACCACAUAAAAAAAGCCUUGCUGUCUGCCCCCGCCUUGGCUCUCCCAGACCUCACCAAACCAUUUACUCUAUACGUAGAUGAAAGAGCCGGUGUAGCCCGAGGAGUGCUUACUCAGACCCUAGGACCAUGGCGACGGCCAGUAGCUUAUCUAUCAAAAAAACUGGAUCCAGUGGCCAGUGGGUGGCCAACCUGCCUAAAAGCGGUUGCUGCAGUGGCACUCCUCCUCAAAGACGCUGAUAAGUUAACCUUGGGGCAAAAUGUGACUGUGAUUGCUUCCCACAGCCUCGAAAGUAUUGUGCGGCAGCCCCCCAAUCGGUGGAUGACCAAUGCCAGAAUGACUCAUUACCAGAGUUUGCUGCUAAACGAAAGGAUAUCUUUCGCGCCCCCUGCUGUCCUGAACCCAGCUACCCUACUACCAGUCGAGUCAGAAUCCACCCCAGUACACCAAUGCUCAGAAAUCCUUGCUGAAGAAGCUGGGACUCGACGGGACCUGAAGGACCAGCCAUUGCCCGGAGUGCCUGCCUGGUAUACAGACGGUAGCAGCUUCAUUGUGGAAGGUAAGCGGAGAGCAGGGGCCGCCAUCGUAGAUGGCAAACGGACGGUAUGGGCAAGCAGCCUGCCAGAAGGGACAUCAGCCCAGAAGGCCGAGCUAAUCGCCUUGACGCAGGCAUUACGCCUAGCCGAAGGAAAAAACAUCAACAUCUACACGGACAGCAGGUAUGCUUUUGCCACUGCUCACAUUCAUGGGGCAAUAUAUAAACAGAGGGGACUGCUCACUUCGGCUGGAAAAAACAUUAAAAACAAAGAAGAAAUUCUGGCUCUGCUAGAGGCCAUUCACCUCCCUAAGCAGGUCGCCAUUAUCCACUGCCCGGGCCACCAGAGAGGAAAUAACCCUGUGGCGGCCGGGAACCGGAGGGCCGACGAGGCUGCAAAACAAGCCGCCCUGUCGGUCAGGGUGCUAGCAGAAACUAUAAAGCUUCAAGAGCCAAUCGAGCCUGCUCAAGCUAGGACCAAGCCAAGAGAGCUCACUCCUGACCAGGGAAAAGAAUUCAUUCAGCGGUUACAUCAGCUAACACACUUAGGACCAGAAAAGCUCCUUCAACUAACGAGCCGCACCAGCCUCUCCAUCCCGAAUCUCCGGUCCACCGUUCAAGAAGUCGCCAAUCGGUGUCCGGCUUGUGCCAUGACUAAUGCGACUACCACCUACCGAGAGACCGGAAAAAGACAACGGGGAGAUCGACCCGGCGUAUACUGGGAAGUAGACUUUACAGAGGUAAAGCCUGGCCGGUAUGGGAACAGGUAUCUGCUAGUAUUUGUAGAUACUUUCUCUGGAUGGGUAGAAGCUUUCCCUACCAAAACUGAAACGGCCCUGACUGUAUGUAAAAAGAUACUAGAAGAAAUCCUGCCCCGUUUCGGGAUCCCUAAGGUGAUCGGGUCAGAUAAUGGCCCAGCCUUUGUUGCUCAGGUAAGCCAGGGACUGGCCACACAACUGGGAAUAAAUUGGAAAUUACAUUGUGCGUAUAGGCCCCAGAGCUCAGGUCAAGUAGAGAGAAUGAAUAGAACCAUCAAAGAGACCUUAACUAAAUUGGCCUUAGAGACCGGUGGAAAAGACUGGGUGGCCCUCCUUCCCUUAGCGCUGUUCAGAGCCAGGAAUACCCCUGGCCAGCUUGGUCUGACCCCUUAUGAAAUCCUCCACGGGGGACCCCCCCCCAUACUUGAGUUGGGAGGAACACUGGGUCCCGAUGAUAACUUUCUUCCUGUCUUAUUUACUCACUUAAAGGCUUUAGAAGUUGUAAAAACCCAGAUCUGGGACCAGAUCAAGGAGGUAUACGAGCCAGGUGCCGUGGCCAUCCCUCAUCCGUUCCAGGUCGGAGACCAAGUGCUGGUCAGACGCCAUCGACCCAGCAACCUUGAGCCUCGGUGGAAAGGCCCGUAUCUGGUAUUGCUGACCACCCCGACCGCAGUAAAAGUUGAUGGCAUUGCAGCCUGGGUACAUGCUUCUCACCUCAAGCCUGCGCCACCCUCCGUACCAGAUGAAUCCUGGGAGCUGGAGAGGACUGAUAAUCCUCUUAAGUUGCGCAUUCGGCGGCGGCGGAGCAAGCCUACCAAGUAAUAACCCUAACCAGCCCAACACCCUCACCUGGCAGGUACUGUCCCAAACUGGAAAGGUUGUCUGGUUCAAGACAGAAGUCCACCCCCUUUGGACUUGGUGGCCCUCCCUUACCCCUGAUAUAUGUGCCCUGGCGGCGGGUCUCGAGGCUUGGGAUAUUCCAGAAAUUGAUGCACCGGCCUCUAAAAGAGUCAGGCCUCCUGACUCAAACUAUGAAAAUGCUUAUAACCAGAUCAAAUAACUCCCCUUGGUUGACCACCCUACUGUCAACCAUCGCCGGGCCCCUAUUACUCCUCCUUCUGUUGUUCACCCUUGGGCCCUACGUCAUCAAUAGACUAGUCCAAUUCAUCAAUGAUAGGGUAAGUGCAGUUAAGAUUCUGGUCCUUAGGCAAAAAUACCAAACCUUAAAUGGCGAAGAUAACUUUUAAUUCCGCUCUAAGAUUAGAGCGAUCCACAAGAGAAAUGGGGGAAUGAAGGAAGUGCUUUUUACAAGGGUAUAGGGAAAAUACAGCCAAAAAGUCAAGUUAAGAAACAAGGGGAACAGAGUCAAACAGGAUAUCUGUGGUUAUGCACCUGGGCCCCGGCCCGAGGCAAAGGGCGGAUAGUUCCCAGAAAUAGACAAGUCAGUUAAAGUUUCAAGAGUGCCCCUCAGCUGUUUCAAGGACUCCCACUUGACCGAAGUUCACCCCUGGCUUGAUUUAAACUAACCAAUUACCUUGCUUCUCGCUUCUGUACCCGCGCUUUUUGCUAUAAAAAGGACCCAGGAGCUCUACUCGGCGCGCCAGUCUUUCGAAAGACUGAGUCGCCCGGGUACCUGUGUGUUCAAUAAACCUCUUGUUU